UUUACAAAAGUCGCUUUCGAAAAGCUCAAUAUUCAUUCAUAAAUGUAGUACAAGCACACUUACAACAAAAACUUAACACCCGCUUGUCUUGAGAGCCAAUGUAAUUGUAACUAUUUGUGGUGGGGAUGCCACAAACCCGGCAAACGAGAGCGAGAAACGCUCUCACGCAGCCAUUUGCGUUGCUCUGAAAGUUGGCCAAUUGCUGAGUGGGUGGUUGAAAGCCGCUAAGUGUACUCCAUCUCAUUAUGUUGGAGUUGUUGCUGCUGGCCAAAGCUCCGGUGUUCUGCUCCAACUCUGCUAUCACUAACGGCAAGAGCCAACAUAACUGGUUCAGUCAUUUACGUGACGGCAUUCAAGUCAGUCGUUUUUAAGCUUUCACGUUGUUCAGUCGUGUUGGACGCAGUGAGCGCUUGCCAGCUGAAUGUAUUGAGUUGAAUGUGCGGUGUAAAUGAAUAAGCUGCAAUUGUAGCCAGUGCCGGAAUCGGAAAUCGAAAAAUUAAUUCGGGAUAAAAGUGCUCGUGUGUUUUAUAAAUUUUAUAUAAAAUUUAAAAGUGAAAAGUUGUUAAGGAGUAAAGUACAAUAAACGAGUUUGCUGCCUUUGAGCUGUGAAAAAAGGUGCGCCACACACAUAAACGUACGCGAGAGCCGUCUACUCCUUGCGGCGGUCCCACAAGAAUAUUCUGGUGUCUCCACAAAGCAAAAAUUAAACAACAGCAAGGGCAUAUAAAAAUAGCUGCAGCAGAUAAAAAGACGGACUCACAGCUUAAACAAUAUUUGCUUCCAAAUCCUCUGUUUACUGCCAGGCUUCAAGUAAAUUGAGCAGCAACUUCGGUUCAGCUGUCCAGAAGUGCGUGUGAUCUAAAGCAGCUGUGUCUUUGGAAGACUCGUGACUGAAGUGCGUGUCAAGGAAUCAAAUACAAUAACCACAAAAAGAAUUUCUAAAAAUUUUUCACACACAACGGUGCAUAAGUGUGCGUGUUUUGACUAAAGUGGCGGCAAGCUCGAAUAUCAAGUAGAUUUGUAAUCAACAUACCAAACAAUAGAACGGUAAAGUAAUAGGCAAUUUGUGUAAAAUAAAUAACGGAAGUGUGUGACGGAAGACGCGCUACCGAAAUGGAUCACUAAAUAGGAAAAAAGAGUGGAAAAACAAGAGAGAGUGUCGUGGAGCGACAUAUACUGCCAUUAGUAAAUCAUAGCUCAUCCAUAACAGGGGCAAUUUUUACAACAACACGUAAAGCAAAUAAAAACAAAAACUAACAUGUUUCUGCCAGUUAAAUCAAAUAUCUCAACGGAGAAUAAUUCCGCGGGUGGCAACAAUGAGGAUGUCACCACCACCAGCAACAAUUCCACACAAACACCAAGCGACUUAAGCCCACCGGGUCCGAAUGAGGAGGUCUUGCCGCAGGCGCAUCAUCAAAAUCCCGGCCACUGCAUCGCCUCCUUUGCGGCCAUCAAUCAAAUGCGCAACAACACGCAGCUUUGCGAUGUUUCUCUGGAAGUGGGCGGCGAAACUAUACAGGCUCACAAAGUGGUACUUGCCUCUGUCUCACCAUAUUUCUAUGCCAUGUUCAACGAUGAUAUGCUGGAGCGCAACCAGGGCGCAGUGCGUUUGCACGACGUCGAUGUGACGGCGCUGCGUCAACUCAUCGAUUACACUUACACCGGUGAGAUCACCAUAACCGAGGAUAAUGUGCAGGUGCUCUUGCCCGCCUCCAGUUUGUUGCAAAUUCAUUCAGUACGCGAAGCAUGCUGCAAAUUCCUGCUGCGCCAGCUGCAUCCAUCCAACUGCCUGGGCAUACGCAGUUUUGCGGAUGCCCAUUCCUGCAAGGAGCUGCAUACGCGAUCACAUAAAUAUGCACUGCAAAACUUUCAGCAGGUCGUUGGAACCGAGGAGUUUUUACUAUUGCCAUUCGAUGAGGUGAAAGAUCUGAUAUCAAACAAUCAACUGAACAUUUGCUCCGAAGAGAAAGUAUUUAUUGCUGUACUGAAUUGGGUCAAGCACGAUCUGGCCGAACGUCAAUGCCACAUAGCCGAAUUGAUGAGCCACGUACGCUUGCCAUUGGUGGGACGAGACUUCCUUAUGACUUGUGUGGAGACAGAGGCGCUCAUACGCGAGGACGGCCAAUGUAAAGAGCUCUUGCUGGAAGCCAUGAAAUACCAUUUACUGCCAGAACAGCGCAGCUUGAUGAGCAGUCAACGCACACAAGAGCGCCGGCCGGAGGGCAUGAAGCCAUAUGUGUUCGCCGUGGGUGGCGGCAGUCUCUUCGCCAUACACAACGAGUGUGAGGUGUACAAUCCGCGCACCAAUGCUUGGACGCCCAUCGCACCGAUGUUGUGGCGCCGCUCACGUUCCGGUGUGACGGCGUUGCACAAACAGCUCUACGUCGUCGGCGGUUAUGAUGGCGUAAGCGACCUAAGCACUGCCGAAUACUACAACCCGCUGAUUAAUAAGUGGACCAACAUCACGCCGAUGGGCACGAAACGCUCGUGUCUCGGCAUUUGCGCGUACGAUGGACUGCUGUACGUUUGCGGUGGCUACGAUGGCGCAUCGUGCCUGAGCAGCAUGGAACGUUACGAUCCGUUGACGGGCAUUUGGAGUUCAUGUCCUGCAAUGAAUACGCGCAGACGUUACUGCCGUUUAGCGGUGUUGGACAAUUGCAUUUACUCUUUAGGUGGCUUCGAUUCUACCAACUAUCAGUCGAGUGUGGAACGCUUUGAUCCACGUGCGGGACGUUGGUUCCCCGUACAGAGCAUGACAGCGCGACGCAGCAGCUGCGGUGUAGCCUCCUCCGAUGGCUUCUUGUACUGCAUUGGCGGCAAUGAUGGCACGAUGUGCAUGUCGAGCGGAGAGCGUUUCAAUUUGCGACGCAACGCGUGGGAACCAAUCGCUGCGAUGCAUUCCAGAAGAUCCACACACGAGGUGGUCGAGGUGGACGGUGCGCUGUACGCUCUUGGCGGUAACGAUGGCUCAUCCUCGCUCAAUUCCGUGGAACGUUAUGACACACGCCUCAACAAAUGGACCGUAGUCAAUUCAAUGGUAGCACGUCGCAGCUCAGUCGGCGCUGCGGUGCUGGAGUGCUUCCAUCUCGAGCGCGGACUGGUGCAGACAACGAACUUAUGACCUUUGUCGACAAUAGCCGAAACAUUUGCGGCGGCGGCAGCAGCAGCCGUAGUAGUUGGAAAUGGUAGUGGCGGCAGCGCGACAACGGCGAAUGGCGGCAGCGGUAACCAUCAAGCAACGACCACAAAUGGCGUCACAUCAACGCUGACGAACAAUCUCAUCGUGCCGGGACGUGCAGUUAGUGGACGCAGCAUGCUGGGCGCAGCCGAAGUGAGCGGCAGCAUUGGUAGUCUGAUGAGCAGUAGCACGAAUGCGCUCAGCACAUCGGCGCCGACGACGACGUCCACAUUGCGACGUUUACGCGAACGCGAGAGGGAGCGUGAAAGAGAGCGUGACAGCAGCAGCGCAGAGAAUCGUGUGAAUGGUGUUGUGGUAGCCGGAAGCGGAAGUAGUAACGGUGCAGCAGCGGCUGGUGCAAGCGUUAAUGGCACAGGCAGCGCUACUACUGGCAAACCACCUUCAACGGCUUGAUGUCUGCGCUUCAAGUGAUGCGAGCGGGGGGAGUAAAUCUAAUAAAUGUAGACUUAUUAAGCGAAAAUGAAGGAAUUGAGAGUUUGUGGGUGAGAAUAUAGAGAAAUAUGAUUAAAUAGCAGCUGGAGAAAGAGGUUAGAGGAAAGUAUAGUCUGCGUUGUAGAGUCGCGCGCGGAAGUUAGUGGCAAGCUAAGCAGUAUUUCUAGUCAAACAAGGCAAGAUACAUACAUGUGUGUGUAAAUUGAGUUGGUUUUGAAGCAUGUUUGAGAUUGUGUCGGAAAUUGUGCGCAUAACCGUAAUGUAAUGGCUAGAACUCUCUUAAGAUUAUAUAUUUAAUUUUGGUAAUGCAUUAAGACGUUGAUGCAAUUUUUCAAUUUUCCAUAGCCUUUUUUAUGUAAGAAUAAAAUCUUUUUUACAAGCCUUCGCCCGCCACAACCGUACUAAUGCACACACAUUCAUUAGCACGUACAUAUAUACAUUAGGGUGUACAUUAUUUCCACAGUUGAAAUUGUUUUUGUUUUUGCAAAUACAUCUAACUUUUAAAUAAAAGGUUUUUGGGAAAAAAUUAUUAAAACAUUUUUUUUUAGAGUGGAAAAUUUUGCAUUAAAAUAUAAUUUUUUGAAAAUUGUAAGUUUACUAUUGAGUCGUUCACAAAAUUAUUUCGUUCGACAACAACAGCUGAUCGUUUUGAAUUUUUUCGCAACCAACUUCGCACAUGACAGUUUUUUUUUAUAUGUAUUUAAACAGCUGAUAAAUUAAGACUUGUUUGUAAACAGUUUUUGUGAAUAUUUUGGAAUAGUUUUUGUUAGGUGUCCUUUUGAAUAUGGAUGCAAUUCAAGCAUAGAGAAUAUUAUGUAAUGUCCACCGAGAAGAUACAUAUGUUGACCGAAAACCAAAGCCAAAAUUGGUUUGCAAAAUUUGCGUCUUAAGACUGCUCACGUUCUGAAAGAAAUCUUGAUGCCUGUGAGGAUAAAGUAAAGUCAUUGGUCGAGACAAAUCGUAAAAUAACAACUCAAGAGGUUUUAGAUUGAAAAAAAAAAUUAUCUGUCGCGACCAUUACAACUUAUCUGAACCUUAUCACCCUAAAAAAAACCGAUAGUAACCAAAAAAAGGUUAUGUUGUCUGUUUGGUGGGUUUAUUUUGAGCUUUUACCCACAAUAACACGAUUGAAUCCGAAGUGUGUUGUGAUCAUCUGGACAAAUUGAGUAAUGCACUCCAACAGAAGAGGCUAUAAUUUACUGCUUUUGUAGUUUGAAUGGGACGGGCUACCACUCCCACCACAUUCUGCAGACUUAGCACCUUCGGACUAUUACUUGUUCCGAUCUCGUCUAAAUUUUUUAGAUGAAAAAACGUGAAUCUAAAAUCACGACGUCAAAAACAACUGUGACCACUUUUUUGUCUGUAGAAAUCAAACUUUUUUAUGAGCGUAGAAACAAUAUCUUGCCCAAAGAUGGCAAAACUUAACCAUAAUUCUUCCAAAAAAUCUCAUAUUAUGUAAUAUAAUAUGAUUUAAGCACGAUUUAAAUUGAAAAUGAAGAGCUAUUUUACGAUGGUUUCUUUUUUAAAUUAAAAGCUGAUUAUUUAGUUGACGUUUGCAAAAAAAUAAAAAUAAUCAACUUGGUAAAUGACGGGCACCCUAAUAUACAUACUUAUAUAAUUAAAAUCACAUUUUAUAUGUACAUACACACACAUACGCAUUUAUACAAUUAAAUGUAACAAAUUUUUAGCCGAUUGAGAGCGAAAAAAUAUAUAAUAAAUGCAUAAAAUUUAAAAACUAAAAACUAACCUAAAAAAAUAAAACUUUACUGCCUCUAUUAGCUAGUUUUACACUAAAAAAAAAUGUUGAAAUGCAACAAAAAGUUGGUUCAUGAUUAUUUAGGGAAUGCGUUACACAAGAUUUUGCAGUUACGCAAAACAAAA